GAGAGGUAAUGUAGAAAUGAAAGGAUAAUUAAAAUGAGAAUUAAGGUUAAUGUAAGAAACAGAGGCACAAUAAAAGAAUGAAAAAUUAGAGAAAGAAAUGCGAAUGAAAUAGAAAAGAAGAGUGGAAUUUAAAUCAUAGGGAAUGAGAGAAAUACUUGACACACGGGACAAUUUCCACCUCUAGAGGGAAAGAGAGAAAGAGAGAAAGAGUGGUGGAUGAAUAUGAGAGAGAGAGAGAGAGAGAGAGAGAGAGAGAGGAUGGAGGAGUCAGUGUUUAGUCUCCGCCACAUCCUCAGCGCCACUGCGUGACUGCGCCUUUCCAUCUCUCCACCACUCUUCUUCUUCUCCUCUCCUCCACUCCUCCUCUCCGUCUCUCCUUCACUCCUCCUCUCUGUCUCUCCUCCACUCCUCCGUGAGCGGUGGAGAGACUCCGCUUUUUAUUCCAUAUUAAAGUUCUCUCUGACGCAGAUCGCAUCAGAUCCGCGUUCAGCUGCGAGCUGCGGACAGACGCCGCGUCCCUGUUGCGCUUCUCCGCGGUAAGUUUUAGCGGCUCGUGGGAGGAGAAGCGACGGGGAACACCAGGGAGGGAUGUGGAGCUCCAGCUGAAAAGAAAGUGUAUAGAAGCCGAGCUUAGAGACCAGAAGAAGCUCCGAAACCAGGAGAAGCUCCAAGACCAGGAGAAGCUCUAAAAACAAGAGAAGCUCCAAAACCAGACGAAGCUUCGAGACCAGAGGAAGUUCAGAGACCAGAAGAAGCUCCGAGAAGCGCAGAAGCUCUUCCUCACUGCAGAAGCUUCAUACUGUGCGUUUGCGUACUAAUGCCAGACAUUUGCGUUAUGGGAUGAUCGGAUUAACUCUGUCAGAGUUGGUUUUUGGAGGCACAGCAGUAACACCUGAUCCUCGCUGUCUUCAGGUUCAGUCUGGAUCUUUGGAUUCGGGGUUCAUUAGUAUUAUGGACCAUCAGUAGUGUGGAUUUUGCAGUAGCUCAUGACUGCAUUUGUAGGCAUUUGUAUUAUAACCUUAGACCUUGACCUGGCAAACAAGGACCCGGUAAAUGGUUUAUGGGCCUUUCUGGUUAAUGACAUUCAAGGAUUUCAUCGGUAUUGACUGACAGAUUCUUCUGUGCUUUCCGGACCUUUCUGACACGGACCCGUCCAUGGCGGUGAGACGGCGCUCUGUGAUUUGCCACUAACCCGCUCUGUAGGUCGUGUGAUUAAGCCGGGCAGGGUGGAAGGAGGAUGCAGGCUGGGCUGCGGGUUCUCUGCGCCGGUGGAGGCGCUUCUCUCUGCUGUCUGCUCCUGCUGGGACUCAUUUACACACACCUUCUUAAAGAAGGUCAGUUGGCGGUGGGCACGUGUGAGAUUGUGAUGUUAAACAGAGACAGCAGUCAGCCCAAGCGGACCAUCGCCAGACAGACGGCCCGCUGUGCCUGUCGGAGAGGCCAGAUCGCAGGCACCACUCGGGCACGACCAGCAUGUGUGGACGCACGGAUAGUGAAGAGCAGGCAGUGGUGUGAGAUGAGCCCAUGUUCAGAGGGAGAAAUCUGCGGCCUGCUCUUCAAUUACACCGGCUGGACCUGCACCAAGGGAGGAGGACGAAUAAAAACCGUCACGCCUCUGCCCAAGGAGCCAUCUUAAAGGAUUUCAGCUGAGAUUGAGGUCUGCUGACAUUCACGUGAACAUCGUGGACCAGAAGAAGACAUUCAUCAGACCAGCACCAUUUUAUUCAUCCUUGUACCCUGGAGCUAAAACAUGACCCCUUCUUCUACCCUUUCCAAGCUCCAGCGCACCUUCACCUCCUCCACCAUGUCCACCAUUACAGGAGCCUGACUCUUUGGACAUGAACGGUAAAACACCUCCAGCAGGACUUUCAGUGUCCUUCUUCCUGAGAUCGCCAGCAAAUGAAGUGUAAAACUCAUAAAUCUCGGAUUUGCUGGAGACAUGCAUUAAGACCAAAAGAAGCAGAAGCACAUUGCUUCAACUCGUGCAGAACAAGCUGCUGAUAUGGAGUGUCAGAGUAGACCAUAAUCCUAUUCGGGAUGUUGGUUGCUCCACCAUACAGGAACAAAAAAAGCUUUUAAUGACUAACUUCAGACUUGUUUUGUGUUGUUUUUAUUUGCAGAUGUCGAGUGUGUCUCAUAAAGUAAACCACAGGCAAAUGUAGACAGAAUGUCCACAGAACACAAGGGACGAUUUGCUCAAGUGGGUCACUGAGGGGACAGCACCUCGUGAUGUAGACUCCUUGACCUCUUUUUCAUGUGGAUGAAAAGAAGACAUCUUUCGAAACAUCUCGAUCUUUCUGUCUGGUAUUUUAACGUGUAGGAGACUCUCCAGCUGCACCUUCAUCAUCACCCCUUCCUCUUUGUCUUUCUGAGAUUUGGAUCAGGUGUAUUGUUUUGAUGAACGCUCUCACAUUCAGUGACACAUCAAAUGAAUCCUGGGCGCUAGAUAGGGAAUAAAGGUUGGGUGUGUGUGUGUGUAUGGGGUUGAGAUCGCAUCGGGUUUCUGUUGUUUGAACAUCCAUCAUGUUGAUUUCUACGCUUCUGGUGUCCAAGGAGCAAGGAACAUGUUUGCCUCUUAUAUCUCUGAGCUUCUUGUUAAGUUAGUGGCCUGGGUAAAAAAAAAAAAAAAAAAAAACCACCAGAGAGCAUUUUAUUUUAAAAUAAAUGUCAUGAUGGACAUAUGGAUUGUACGCAGAAGAGUCGAGUGAGCGCAGGAAAAGAAAACGGCCACUUUGAGUGAACAGUAGGUUAGUAAUUUAUCAGUCUGGAGGGCUAGGCAGAGCUCCCUUGGUUGUGAAUUUUAAUGGUGUUUUAUGGUUCCUAAUAAAGUCUGUUAUGCUUCUGGCAAAUAUGCAGAGCACAACAUCCCUCGCUUCCAAUUACUGAGAAACUCAAGGAGAGUCUUCAGCCAUUCAUCAUCACAUGUACUGUUCCCAGAAAUAACGGGAGAAAAUCUCUUUCUGACUUUUUCUCUUUCUAUCUCACGCUUUCUCUUUAUUUUGCUGUCUAAAUUCUUUAUGUUUAGAAACCAGAGAGAUGUGAUAGAGUAGGAUGAUCUCCCAGCAGCAUUUAAAACUGUAAGGAUUUGAUCUGCAAAACCAUAUUACAUGCUUGUAAAUAUCACUCGUUCCUUACAAUAAAGUUAUAAGUGCUGUUUACUCCCAGGAUAUACCUGACAAGGUAAGUGACUUCUCUUCAUCUCAUUUAAACAACUGAGCAAUUUAAAGUUAAGGGCCUUGAUCAAAAUCCCAGCAAUGGUGGCAUGGUGGUGCUGGGACUUGAACUUAGGACCUUCCGAUCAGACGUUCCACAUUUUUCAAUUUUCAUUAUUUGCCAGAUGCCCUUAUCCAUAGCAACUUACAUUUAUCUUAUUCAUACAUACGAGCAGUUAUGGAGUUAAGGGCUUUGCUCAGGGGCCCAGCAGUGGCAGAUUGGUAUGGUAUGGCUGGGAUUUAAACUUGCAACCUUUAGAUACAAGUCCAAUAGCUUAACCACUAAACCACCACCUAAAAUUAUGUUGCAGGAAAUGAGCACUCAAACUUAUGCAAUAAUUAGGGAAAUCAAUGAGAUGCCCUUUAAAAUGAGCAGGGCCCUUGGUCAAAGGCCCAGCAAUGUCUACAUGGUGUCUACAUGGUGGUCCUGGGAACUAAAUUCAAGACAUUCUGAGCAGAAGUCCAAUUUAUGGCAUUUGGCAAGCGCACUUAUGCAGAGCAACUUACAUUUAUCUCAUUCAUACAACCAUCAGCUAGGUGGUUAAGGGCCAUGUUCAGGGGCCCACAAGUGGCUGCUUGGUGUGGCUAAGAUUUGAAUUUACAACCUUUGAAUAAAAAGUCGAAUCAUUUAACCACUAAUCUACCACCUGAGCUUCCACUUUCCAAACAAACCAUUUAUAGAAGGACAACUGAUGUCUUGGUAAAGCCUGGAAUCUUCUCACAAGGACGAGACAUCACUGAGAGUUUGGUGGUUAAAUUGAAUCAAUUAAACCGAUUCUAAGUGUCGAAUUUUAAAAAUCAGAAGAUAGAAAUAUUGCUAUCCAAACAAUUGUAUUUAUUUUCCUUUAAACACUAGUUUAGCUCCACCCUUAGAGUUUGUUUCCUCACUAUCAGCUACAAGUACCAAUUUAUACACUAUACCAAGUAAUAAGGGAAGGAGGAUUUUAGUGUUUUUUUAGCAUUUGCAAUUCACUUUGCAGGAAAUGAGCACUCACACUGAUGCAAUUAUAAAAAUGACAUCUCCGUUAAAUGAAUAAAACACUGGUACAGCUCUGAAGAAGCAGCAUAGUGUGUCCAAAGGAUUUAUAAUUUACCAUUUGGGUCCCGUUCAGACCUAAAUGGAAUCUAUUGCUUAUUUAAAAUAAUAAAUGG